GAAAAGUCUCGUCUUAUCACACUUGCGAUUCUCCGAUGCAAUUACUGUCCGAAGAUCACUGAUAAUCUUCGACGCUGGCCCAAUAAAAAUGUUAAACAAAUACAUGUUCAGUGAGCCAGACACACCAAUCAAAUUUCAGCUAGCUUAAGAUAGUUAUGUCUAUAUAUCUCAAUGUGAGACUCAUCCAAUUGUCAGUGCCAUCUUGAUUCUAAUUCGAAAAACCUCACCAAACGAGUUUCCCGUUACUAUCUAAUUCAAGAUAAUCACUAACUCAAGGCUUGCAGCAGUGACGCUGGCUGCUUCUUCGACUCUCUGAUUUCUGCUCUGCUCAGUGUGCUUUUAAAUUGAGUGCCGGCUGCGUCUUCUAUGGACUCUGUAAUGUGAAUGGAUUCUUCUAAAACACAUUGAAAAGUGAGUGAAUCUCUUACAACCUUGUGAUCUACGCUUAACAACAUGGAAACUCAUUCAUAUUUUCCAUUAUUAUUGAAGCUGUGGACAGUCUUAUUAUUAUUAUUAUUCGAAGUUUCAGGUUCUCUGGCUGAAAGUUACAAGCAGUAUUAUAUCGGAUGUUAUAUCGACGGUAAUCCCAGCAGACGACUGUUUGGCAAUCACAAGGUCAAUAUUGAAAAUAUGUCACCGAAGGCAUGUAUUGAAUUAUGUAAAUCAAAAAGCUAUGCAUACGCAGGAAUUCAAUAUGGGGUUGAAUGCUUCUGUGGCAAUGAGAGACCGCUUUUCACGGCAAGAACUGAUGAGACUGAAUGCAGCACAGAUUGUCCUGGAAACAAGGAAGAAAAGUGUGGAGCCGGAUGGAGAACUAGUGCUUACAAAACUGGUUUAACAGGUACCCCACCUAGAGAAAAGCUGAAUUACAUUGGAUGCUACUCUGAUUUUGGAUCAGAGGAUCGCAGACUAUUUGACAAAUUUCAGUCAGACUUUGUAGAAGGUCAAACACCGCAUUACUGUGCUGGUCUGUGCUAUGCACUUGGAUAUGGCUAUGCAGCUUUGCAAUACAAUUUCGAGUGUUUCUGCGGCAAUAAUCAUCCACCCUCUGAAAGGCUCACCAACGAUGAGGAAUGUGGCUUGGAGUGCACAGGAGACAAAAAUGAGAAAUGUGGUGGUCAUUGGAAACUCAGUGUGUACUCAACAUCCAUUCCAGAUAUACCAGCACUGGGUAGAUAUAUUGGAUGCUAUAUUGACAAUGGUGACAAAAGGGUGUUUAAUGGUAUUAAGAAAGAUUUUCCUUCAAGGAAUAACCCCCAACUUUGUGUCAAUUUUUGCCUGAGGAACAAUUACCAAUAUGCAGGACUACAAUAUGGGAGGGAAUGCUAUUGUGGAAAUGAUGAACUAACAGCGGGACUGGUGCCUGACCAUCAAUGCGAGAUGGAAUGUCCGGGAGAUGAUACUCGUGCCUGCGGUAAUCAUUGGAGAUUGGCCGUUUAUCAACUUACCAUUCAAUUCAGAUCACCGCAGUAUUUGGGAUGCUUCAAGGACGAAUCAAGCGAAAUAAGACUGUUCAAGGGAUACCAACAAAACUUCUAUAAUUCAUUGACCGUACAAAGCUGUAUUGACAUUUGUAGAAGCAAAGGAUUCCAAUACUCUGGACUUCAGUAUAGAUACCAAUGCUUCUGCGAGGAUAGAAAGCCACCAAACGCCUCACUAGUGGGUGACAACAAUUGUCUUUAUCCAUGCUCGGGUGACAGCUCCCAGAUAUGUGGCGGUGACUGGAGGUACUCUGUCUAUUGGAAUGGGUUUAAAAGUGAGUCAUUCUGCUAUUAA